UUCAGGGCUAAACCACAUUUAACACACCAAGCAACUGUUCCUUAUGCAAGUAGAUCAGUAACUAGUGUCAAAAUGAAAUGAUGUUGCUAUCUCUGUAAGACAUAAUCUCAACAGUCUGAAGAUUGUAAAGAAACCAGGCGCCUUAUCACAUUUUUUUCGUGUUCACGUUUACUUUAUUCACCAGUUCAGUGCUUAGAUGGAAGCGUGUGGCGUAUCACUAGUUGAUUUAACCCUAACUAUUCGCACUUGAAUCUCACAUGAUGCGGAGCAUAUCACCAACAGUGACAAGAACCAUCACGUGCACCGCGGACUUCCAGGAACAACGAUAACGUAAGGAACUGACUGUCUCAGUGUUUGGUCAUGGACGAUAAGAGUCACUGCUCUCUGCCAGGGAGUAGAGGGUCAAAGUUCACACCAACAACCAUCCAAUCAGAGCGGGAGCGACGGAGGAUCCGUGCCCGGGAGCAGAGCAACGCCGUGAGUUCCACGCCCGACCGGAUCACGAAGCGCAACGAGGGGUCCGGCAUUCCCUGCAAGGUUCCCCGGUUCCAGUAUGUGGACUUCCCCUCACUGCACCAGUGCAUCCAGCAGCUGAGUGUGCCACCGCUGGAGAGCUGGCUGGCCGGCUGCCGCAUGGGCCUGGACAGGGACAGGGGUAGACCCUCUCCUGGACUCACGCCAGCUAGCCCCAAGGAGAGGGCGCCCAAGUUCAAGUACGUGGACUACCCCUCGCUCUACCACUGCAUCCAGCAGCUGUCUGUGCCUCCUCUGGAGAGCUGGAGCUCAGGCCUGCCUCAGCCCAGGGGCGAUAAUGGCAGUGGGGCCAAGACAGUGGAGAGGACCCCCUCUCAGAGCGGCUCAACGAGGGAGGACCAGGCCACACAGACAGCACCAAGUGACACCUCAGACACAGGUCAUGUGCAACAGGGGGAGUGCGCAGCAUUUCCUUUACCAAGGAGAGAUCUGGCAGAGGAGCGUCCAAGCCCAGCACCACUCACCUCACAUAAACGACAGCAUACAGCUCCACCCCCACGCAUACCUUCAUCAACUGCAUCAAAAACAAGGGUUCUGAAAGGCCCUUCGGAUCAGGGCCCGGCAUUGUCCAUGACGCCAGGCUAUCAUCGUAGGCCAACAGCAAGCCCAGACCCAGACAGAGCGUCACCCCGGCCUGGUUCGAAGGGCACUCGGCCAUCUGUGAUCAAUUUGCACCCUGGAAAGGAGACGCCAAUGAGGCAUCAUCCUCAGGACCACCUGGCAGGCUAUCCAGACUCCGCGCAGGUGGCCAGCAAUGUCCACUCACAGUCUGUCUGCACUAUUUGCCAAAAGAUGUUCGCUGGUCCAGAGGAGCUUAGAAAGCAUCAAGAAAAACACUGAGGCAAAGCCCUCCAUAGAUGCUGGGAGAUGCUGUCAUAGCUACUGGUCAGCUGUGUGUGAGCCAUGGGCAGCAGAGCAACUACACGUCAGCACAGGACUCUGUUUCACUGGGCUAGAGUGAGAUGGCACUUCAACCGUGCUGAGCACACCGCUUUCACAUGAUGUCUACUUGGACUGAUGAUACGAACAAAAACGCAAAAAAUACGAAAGUCCAGGAAGAAUAUCCUUGGUCAUACGACAAGUUAUUCUGUUUGUUAACUUUUUGGCACUAGAGAAGAGUACAAGAUCUUGACAAUGGACAUGUGUAAUGUUGUGCUUUUUCAUUAACUUGAGAAAUAAUAUGCCUGAGAGAGAGAGAGUGCACAUUCUUUUUUUGCAGUGGGCACAGGAGAAAUCUUAGCUUUAAUUUUUUUCUUUAAAAGGGAUGGCAGUGUUUUGCUUGUUUACAUGCUAUUGUGGGGUGGGUGAGGUGUCAUGGCGUCUCUAGCGCAAGUGAAUGAUGUGCAGCUAGUUGCACUGGGGAUGCCUGUGAGCUUACCCACAGUGAGCUUGGGUGCCUCCAAACCCUGUGGCUAUUGCAAAUGCUGCAGAAGCAAAAAAAAAAAGUCUUCUUUAUAAUUUGUUCUAUGAUCUUUUUCUUCUUUCUUUGUAUUGUAAUGUUUUAUAAAUACUUUUAAUUGACUGCUGUUGCUUCUAGGCUAGAAUUUAUUAAACAAAACUUUUUUUAAUUAUGUUUUCAAAUGUCUAAAACUUUUAACUUGUGGUUGCAUUAAAGAUUUUGUACAAUUGCUUAAA